GCGAGGGUUGGCUAGGAAUCCGGGCAUAAUAUGUAGGAAGCACUUCAAAGAACUUCAAGAAAAUGACAAUUAUAGUUUUUCUUAUUGAUACAUCUGCAUCUAUGAACCAGCAAGCCUUCUCGGGUGGCCAUCCGACUUUACUCGAUGUUGCAAAGGGAGCAGUGGAGACCUUUGUCAAGAUUCGACAGAGGUCCCCGGAGAGCAAAGGCGAUCGCUACAUGCUGCUAACGUUCGAGGACCAUCCACAUCACAUCAAGGCCGGCUGGAAGGAGAACCUGCAGACCUUCACGCAGGAGCUGAAGAACCUGCAGGCGUUCGGCAUGACCCACAUGGGGAUGGCCAUCAAGAACACGUUCGACGUGCUCAACCUCAACCGGAUGCAGUCGGGUGAGAGGACUGGGAGAGAGAGAGAGAGAGAGAGAGAGAGAG